UCCUGGCGGCGGCUUCCGGCUCCGGCGUCUCCGCCCUACUGCGCCGACGCGUGGCGAGGGCGCGUUGCUGGGAGGCCUAGCACCUUCUUCCCAGGCUCGGCCGCAGCAUGGCCUCCCUCCUGCUGAGCAGGCUGCUGAGCUCCGCGGCCCGCCCGCUGCUGCGCCUGCCUCUCCCCGUGGCCCUCCCCGCGCCCCUGCGGCCGCCACCCGGCCUGCCGCCGCCGCCCGCGCUGGGCUUCAAGACCAAGGCCGUGCUGAGGCGGCGCUGCGCCCACUGCCGCCUGGUGAAGCGGCGCGGCCGCUGGUUCGUGUACUGCAGCGCCAGCCCCAAGCACAAGCAGAGGCAGAUGUAGCCCGGCCUGGGCGGGAAGGCCCCGCGGAAGUGGCUUCGCCUGUGCAAGGAGAGAUGAAGUUUGAACCGUGCGUGCUCCGAGACCCUCGGCCUUGAGGUGCUGCCGGCUCGGUCCCCGGCCGUCUCACCCGUGUGUGUACCUUCCUGCAAGCUGUGCCUGUGCCAGAGCCGGAGGUCACCAGGCAGUGUGAAGGGACGGCUGGUGGUGUCCGCCGACCUCAGAAUGCAGGCACUUUAGAAAGGACCGAGUUAAGUGUGGAGGGCACCGUGCGACAGCUUCUCGACGCGGGUGCAGUCCUGUUGUCCCAACAUUCCCGACCUUCCAGGGUGAGAGUGAAAGAUGGGGAUAGCCAUCGUAAACUCAAGGGAAAUUUAAUUUGCUUACAUACAAAUGUAUUUUGGAUAUCAAUUAAAUAUGUUUGUCAUCCUA